UCCUCCGUGCCAACCAUGUGGCUCCACUCCCACCACCUCUCUCUCUCCAGGGUCUCCCCUGCCCCCUUCCCGCUCUCGUCUUGCUCUCUCCUCCACACCACUCCCUCUUCCUCCGCCUCCUCUCGCUUCCACUCCUCCACGCUCAAAGCCCCCCCCAACCAAACCCUAGUCCCCCGCCCGGCCAUGUCCGUCGCGGCCGCGGCGGUCUCCCUCGUCGCCUCCACCUCGCUCUCCGUCCCCGACCACCUCCGUCUCCGCCGCUUCCGCCUCCACCCCACGCCGCCGCUCCGCUCCUCCCGCCGCCGAUCGAGGGGCCGCCUCGCUCUUGCUGUUCUCGAGGAACAGGCCUCCUCCGCACCUACCGAGGAGGAACCGAGGAAGUACGGGCUCAACGGGAGCGCGAGCGGUCUCAAGUACGACGAUGCCUCGGUGGAAGCGUACCUCGGGUCCAACGGCAACGGCAACGGAAGCAAGAGCGGAAGCGGGAACGGCACGACUGUGAAGCCCGCGGCGUCCGGGAGUAGCACUUCCGUGGUAUCCGGCUCUGUGCCGGGGGAGGAUGAGAGGAGGAGGAAGCUGAGAGUGGAGGAGAUCGGCAAGGAGGACGCCUGGUUCAAACGAAGCGAAGGGGAGGACAUGCCCAAGGUGUCCGUUGUUCCUGGCGGUCGCUGGAAUCGGUUCAAAACCUAUUCAACAAUUCAAAGAACGCUGGAAAUAUGGGGCUCUGUUUUUGCAUUUAUAUUCAAGGUUUGGCUCAACAACCAGAAGUUCACUUAUCGAGGGGGGAUGACAGAAGAAAAAAGGGUAAUGAGGAGGAAAGUUCUCGCCAAGUGGCUGAAGGAGAGUAUUUUGAGACUAGGCCCCACAUUUAUUAAAAUAGGGCAACAAUUCUCCACCAGAGUGGAUAUUCUCCCACAAGAAUACGUGGAUCAGUUAUCUGAAUUGCAGGAUCAAGUCCCUCCAUUUCCUUCAGAAACAGCUGUGUCAACUGUUGAAGAAGAGCUAGGAGCACCUGUGAAUGAGAUAUUUGAUCGAUUUGACUUUGAACCAAUAGCUGCUGCUAGCCUCGGCCAGGUUCAUCGGGCAUGCCUGAAUGGCCAAGAAGUUGUCAUCAAAGUGCAAAGGCCUGGUCUCAAAGAGCUGUUUGAUAUUGAUCUGAAGAAUUUAAGGGUUAUAGCAGAAUACCUUCAGAAAGUGGAUCCCAAGUCAGAUGGUGCCAAGAGAGACUGGGUUGCCAUUUAUGAUGAAUGUGCAUCUGUAUUGUAUCAGGAAAUAGACUAUACUAAGGAAGCAUUUAAUGCGGAAAAGUUUUCUGAAAACUUCAAAAAUAUGGAUUAUGUGAAGGUUCCAGCAAUUUACUGGGAGUAUACUACACCUCAGGUUCUGACCAUGGAGUACGUCCCAGGAAUCAAAAUAAAUAGGAUAAAGCAGAUAGAUAAGCUAGGACUGGAUCGCAAAAGGUUAGGCCGGUAUGCUGUUGAGUCCUACCUUGAGCAGAUAUUAUCACAUGGAUUUUUCCAUGCUGACCCGCAUCCUGGAAACAUUGCUGUUGAUGAUGCGAAUGGUGGGAGGCUUAUCUUCUACGACUUUGGGAUGAUGGGAAGUAUUAGUCCAAAUAUCCGUGAAGGAUUGCUUGAAGUAUUCUAUGGAGUUUAUGAAAAGGAUCCUGAUAAAGUGCUUCAAGCAAUGGUUCAAAUGGGUGUCCUUGUUCCUACUGGAGAUAUGACAGCCGUCAGAAGAACAGCUCAAUUUUUCCUUGAUAGCUUUGAAGAGCGUCUAGUUGCACAACGGAAAGAGAGAGAGAUGGCAACCGCGGAACUGGGAUUUAAAAAGCAAUUGUCGAAGGAGGAAAAGUUUGAAAAGAAGAAGCAAAGGCUUGCAGCUAUUGGAGAGGAUCUUUUGUCAAUUGCUGCUGAUCAACCAUUUCGUUUUCCUGCCACCUUUACAUUUGUGGUCAGAGCAUUCUCAGUACUGGAUGGUAUUGGGAAAGGUCUAGAUCCUAGAUUUGAUAUUACAGAGAUUGCUAAACCAUAUGCCAUGGAAUUGCUCAGAUUUAAUGAAGCUGGUGUUGAAGUAAUUGUUAAGGAUGCAAAGAAGAGAUGGGAAAGGCAGUCCCGUGCAUUCUACAAUUUGUUUCGUCAACCUGACAGAGUUGAAAAGCUUGCACAGAUCAUUGAGCGUUUGGAGCAAGGUGAUCUCAAACUCCGUGUCAGAGCAUUAGAAUCAGAAAGAUCAUUUCAAAGAGUUGCUGCUGUACAGAAAACAAUUGGAUACGGAGUUGCUGCCGGCAGUUUGGUAAACCUUGCUACCAUUCUGCAUCUCAAUUCAAUCCGGAUGCCAGCAACCAUUGCAUACUCUAUUUGUGCGUACUUUGGGCUACAAAUCUUGCUCGGCCUAGUCAAGGUGAAGAAACUGGACCAACAGGAGAGAUUGAUAACCGGCACUGCCUGAGUUCAUCGUCGACCAGUUAGAGCUGACCCAUAAUUUUUUUGGUGUCGUCCAUUGGGGUUAUCAUCCCCAAUUUUUGUUUGCCUGUGUACAAUUUUAGCCCACGAGAUGAUGUAGCAUAGCCAUCGGUGUAUGAUAAAUCUCUGUACAUGCGGUGUAAUAGAUAAAGAGAUGUAGAUACUGUACAAUGGUAGGGUAAAUAUAAGUAGUACAGCACAGCUCGUGCUCCCUGUCUCACUUGCUCGCUUCUAUCCGAGGACAUACUGUACAAUGUGUACACCUCUUUUGUGGUUAUGGCUGCCUACUAUGAUAAGACCGUUUCUCAA